AUGCUUAAGGAAGACUAUGGUUACCCAGAUACUCUUGACUUUAGUGACAGAUAUAAAGAAGCUAUUAGAAAGUUCAAGGAAGGAAAUACUGACCCGAACCUAUUUAGCUUUAUGGUUCAGCACCAAAUGGGAUAUAAUUUCAAACCUGGAAAAUACAAGCUCGCUAAGGGAUAUGAUUUAAUAGCAUAUCAUCCAAAUGACAUGACUGAAUUUACUCCGAGAUAUUUGGUGUCAGAGCUAAAUGAUAAUUCAACUCUCUUCAUGAAACGCGUAAAAAAUAGAGACGGAACGAAAGAAGAAAGGUUUAUGAGUCCGGAUGACUUAGAUAGGGAACUUUUUAAAAACGGUCUCGGAAUAUAUGAAAUGCCAGCAGAUGAGGUACAAGAAACUCCACAGGAAGAAGUUCAGAUACAACCAGACAUGGAAGAAAUAGUUCAGCAACAACAGCUAGAAGAGCCUGAAGGAAACAAACAAGUCCCUCCUUUGGAAACUAACUUCACAGAACUAGAUGAAGAUUUGGAACAGCCGAAAAAUCUUGACCCUCAACAAGAAUAUGCGGAGAAUAUGGAAUCUUUCCAAGAGUCUAAGAAAAAUUCAGCUGACAUAGUAGAAGAAUAUCGAAAAAUGUUCGCCGACAUACAAAAGACUCCAACAUCAGAUGAAAAUAUCCAGCAUAGAAUGGAAGUACUGAAAGAUAAUGUACACAAAUACAACAAUCCUUUUUACUUACGAGCAUAUAACGUUCAAUCUUUGGAUGAACUCGGUGAAAAUAAAAGGUUAAAUUUCAACAAAACAUAUAGAAAUGAAACAUUGUUUAAAGUUCAUUCAGAACCUAGCCAAUAUGGAAACAAACCUACUUUU